GCAAAAAAAAAGGGGGCCGACAAAGAGGAAGAGGUGUAAUCACAAACGACUACUACAAAUUUGUGCCCCUCAAAAAUUCGAGACGCCAUUUAUAAUUGAAUUUAAUUUGAUGAUUGAUGAAGCACCACCACUGACCACUGGACGAAGGUAUCUGUAAUUCUCUGCCAUUCCCCCAAUUCUCUUCUCUCUCUCGAAUCCUCUUUUUUUUUUUUUUCUUUUCCUUUUUCUUCUAGUAGUAUAUUUUCAUUCAUCUCUCCUCUGUCUCUCUCCUGACCCAUUUUGUGUACAACUGCCCGAUGAUUUCUAUAUAAACUCCCACAAUUCCCUACACCACCACCACCACCAACCAACAUUCAUUCUCCCUCCACAUCUCCCAACUCCUAACCUUAAUAUUCGUUCAUAUUAUUUAUUGGAAGUAAUUUUACAAACUAACUAUCGAGGGGGGAAGAAAAAAAACAAAAAAGAAAAACAGAAAAGGAAGCAACUGUCUCCUUCCAUCCGUAAUUAAUUAAUCAGGGUUGUGUUCAUCCCCUCUCGUUCCCUUUUUGUUUAAAGUUGUGGAAUUUAGUUGUACAUUGUUUUGUUACUCAUUUUUGGGGGAAAGGCAUGGGCAGGAGGAUUAGAGGGAUAAGGAGUGGGAGGAAGGUGUCCAGAAUUGGAAACUAUGCCAUUGCGUCUUCGGUUGCGGAUCCCUCUUGUAUCUCUUGCACCACUUUUAAUAUCUUAGCUCCUAUCUACAAGCGCCUCAAUCACCAGGACCAGAGUAUCAGAGAAAGCGAGAACAAGGCCUAUUGGUUGAACCGCAACCAUUUGAUUUUGGAUUGGCUUUUGGAUGAACGAUCUUCCAUCAUUUGUCUCCAGGAAUUCUGGGUUGGGAACGAAGAGCUUGUCAAUAUUUACAAAAAGAGGCUUGGAGAUGCUGGCUAUACUAUUUUUAAAUUGGCCCGAACCAACAACCGUGGUGACGGACUGUUGACUGCUGUACAUAAGGAUAUAUUCAGGGUGAUAAAUCACAGAGAGUUGCUGUUUAAUGAUUUUGGAGACCGAGUUGCUCAGCUAUUACAUGUGGAACUCAUUGCUCCUUUCUCACAAUGUCGGGGUAAUAGUUAUGUCCGGCAAGAGAUUCUAAUUGUUAACACCCAUUUAUUGUUUCCGCACAAUUCAAGUUUGUGUCUCGAGAGACUUCGGCAGGUAUAUAAAAUUUUGCAAUACGUGGAAUCUUAUCAAAAAGAAUACAAGCUUAACCCCCUUCCUAUUAUACUUUGCGGUGACUGGAAUGGAAGCAAGAAAGGCCAUGUUUACAAGUUUCUCAGAUCACAGGGAUUUGUGUCGUCAUAUGACACUGCCCAUCAGUAUGCUGAUGCCGACGCGCACAAGUGGGUGAGCCAUCGUAAUCAUCGUGGCAAUAUCUGUGGUGUGGAUUUCAUAUGGCUUCUCAAUCCUAACAGAUACCGAAAAUUACUCAAAACAAGCUGGAGUGAAGCUGUGUUUGGUAUGUUCAAGUAUCAACUUCGACGGGCUUCAUUGACAGAGCAUGAUGCUUUCGCUUUUUUGAAAGCUGAUAGUGAUGGUGAUUACAUCACCUACACUGGAUUCUGUGAGGCACUGCGUCAGGUAUUCUCAACUCAAAAUUGUAUAAAAUGUUGUUAGUACUUUGCAUUUUGAUUUCAUAUCCUUGACUUGAUUAAUCUUUCAAGUAGACCUUGUGCUGAGUAUUUUUGUUGGAUAAUUAUUCAGCUAAAAUUGGUUGGCCAUUGUUAUGGACUCAGCAUAGAGGAGACGAAGGACCUUUGGGUGCAAGCUGAUAUUGAUGGAAAUGGUGUUCUUGAUUUUGAAGAAUUCCAGGUAUCAACGGUAUUCUAGCUUUAAGUGAUUUUCUGUUAUAGGAUGUUAAACUUUUUUUUCCGGCCAGUGAAAUAGCAUGGAAUGAAUCUUAAAAUUAUUCUGCUCUAUUGCACAUUAUUUUCAAGAAUAUUAACAUUUAAUUUUGUUGAAUAUGAAAUGUUACGGGUUUUUAACUCAAAAACUAAAAAAGUUACCCAAAAAAAGGAAAAUGUUAUGAGGUGGCCUGCUCCUGGUAUAGUUAAAUGCAAACAUCAAAUAGUUUUCAUUUCGCUUUAGGUUCAACUGAUAUAUUUGGAGGAAGCAUUUCACCAUGUUAUUCUGAUGGACCAAUGAUUAAUGAAAUUGCAGCAACGAAUUUGGAACCCGUCUUGGACAGAGGGAGGAGAUGAAGUAAUAAGCAAGGAUGCAUGUGAUGAAUUCACUUAUGGUACAGAGCAAACCAUUGGGUUCAGUGUGAAGAAUGCAGUUCUUUUCCCUACAGAAGUAGAAAAGGGCUUGUGGCCGGAAGACUAUUCCCUUUCCGAUCAUGCCCGCCUCACUGUGGUAUUCUCACCCGUGAGAAUGCCUUGUUCACGUCUCACGUCCUGACAAUCAAUGGCAGGCUAGUUUCAACACGAAAAAAGCAAUACUUUGUUGUGUCUCCUAUGUGCGACCCUGGAAAGUCCUAUGUGGGAAAGAACCGGAAAAGGGUUCAAGUACAUGCGCGCACAUAUGAUGAAUAAUCUGGGACAAACGAACGCCGAGUGGAGUUUGUUGCGGCGUUGGAGCUAUGGAGCUUGAGCAUACAAAUUUCGGAUGAAGAUUACUACACUUCUAAAGGCCAUGCAGCGUAACAGUGUUGAUUUUGAGGUAAUUGGCCAUGGCCUCUGCCAUCUGGGCUGCUGCGCCGUGGUGUGGUGUUUGGAAUGGAGAGUGGGAUUCCUAGGUGAUGAGGGUGCUUGGACAGUCUGAAUGCUUGGUGAAUCUUUUGAGAUUCUGUACCCUUUUCAAUUGCUCUUUUGUAAAUUUAAACUGCCAAGCUUUCCCCGUGUUGUAAUUGUUCUUCAACCUGUGUGUUUAGGAGAUCGAAAUUUUGGUGGUGAACUUGAAUUCAUAGCGACCUUGUUUGUGGCAUAGAUCUCUAAGGAAUAAAGGGUGUUGGAGUUGAUCUGCAAGUUUUCCGGUGGUGAUGUCGUUUCAUUUCCGCAUUUUUGCUCAUCUAGAUUCCUGCAAGUUUGUUUGUUUUGGUAUGUUUGGCCAGGUUUCGAUUUUCGAAUUGUCAACCAAGUAACAUUCUUCUACCCUUCCAAGCCGAUACUCCUUCCAUUCUAUUCAACCAAGACAGUAUGUUUUCAAAGCUUAAUCUCAUUCCAAACAUUUAAGUAAAUUUAAUUUAAUUUACAAAACCUCUAAUAUAACCUAAUUUCUCUUGCUGUAAUAAAAAAUAAUAAUUUAAUUAACUAAUAGUUGCCUGUUGUGCGG